AAUCGUGGGGGAAGGACGGAAGGUCCAAGUUGUAACGUGCUGACUUUUGACGGAGACAACAGAGCAAAAAUGCGCUUAACCUUCCAAAAUACAUGUGUCUAAUUCUUGGGCGACACGUUAAGCAAAGACCAGCGCUGCUCUAAGCUGGAAAGUAUUAGAACUUUCAUGACUCAUUUUAACUCUUCACAUUCCCAUUUCUUAGGGGAAAAAAAGCCUUGACCACAUUUCCACGUUCCCUUCUUCUCAUUGAUUCUUCUCCAUCUUCAUAUUCUCUUUCAACAACUCACACCACGUUCGCAACAGCAAAUCUCUCAGGUGAAGAGAAGGUUGCUAGGUGAGAUCGCGUAAGUUGAACGCAAAAUGCAGAGAGUAACGGUGAUUGAAAGAUUUUCUAAAACUUUCCGUGAUAAUCCUUCCUUUUCUAAGCUGCUCAUUGUUUUCACUGUCAGUGGUGGAGGUCUUGUGGCAUACUCUGAGGCAGGAAAAUCGAAUGACAAUUCAAAUGCUGGAGAAUUGGUUGAGGCCAACAACAGAAAAAAGAAAGUUGUUGUCCUUGGAACUGGUUGGGCUGGAACCAGUUUCUUGAAGAAUCUGAAGGAUCCUUCAUAUGAUGUCCAAGUGAUAUCUCCAAGAAAUUACUUUGCAUUCACCCCUUUGCUUCCAAGUGUUACAUGUGGCACAGUGGAAAGUCGCAGUGUUGUUGAACCAAUUCGCAACAUUAUCAGAAAGAGAUAUGCAGAGGCCUAUUACUGGGAAGCUGAAUGUAUCAAAAUUGAUCCAGAAAACAAGAAGGUAUAUUGUCGAUCAAAUCUAAGCACCAACGGGAAUGGGAAGGAAGAGUUUGCUGUAGAUUAUGACUAUCUUGUCAUUGCCACUGGAGCCCGAGUAAAUACAUUCAACAUUCCUGGUGUUGAAGAGAACACUUUCUUUUUGAAGGAAGUAGAAGAUGCUCAAAAGAUCCGUAGAACUGUUAUUGACUGUUUUGAGAAAGCAAGUCUGCCUACCCUCAGUGACGAGGAGAGAAAGAGGCUUCUUCACUUUGUUAUUGUUGGUGGUGGACCAACUGGUGUGGAGUUUGCGGCGCAGCUUCAUGACUUUGUCAAUGAAGAUAUAGUUAGGCUGUACCCUAAGGUCAAAGAUCUGGUGAAGAUAACACUUCUUGAGGCAACAGAUCAUAUUUUGAACAUGUUUGACAAAAGAAUUACUGCUUUUGCUGAAGAAAAAUUCCACAGAGAUGGUAUUGAUGUGAAAACAGGGUCAAUGGUUGUGAAGGUAGGAGAAAAAGAAAUUUCUACUAAGGAUGUUAAGCGUGGAGAAAUAACUUCUAUGCCUUACGGAAUGGCUGUCUGGUCUACUGGUAUUGGAACUCGUCCAGUAAUUAUGGAGUUUAUGAAGCACAUUGGUCAGGGAAACAGACGAGUGUUAGCAACUGAUGAGUGGCUGCGUGUCGAGGGACAGGAGAACGUAUAUGCACUUGGUGACUGUGCAACAAUCAACCAGCGCAAAGUCAUGGAAGAUAUUGCUGCCAUAUUUCAAAAGGCAGACAAAGAUAACUCUGGAACACUUACAGUCAAAGAAUUUCAGGAAGUCCUUAAUGACAUAUGUGAAAGAUACCCGCAGGUGGAGCUUUACUUGAAAAAUAAAAAAAUGAGUAAUCUUGUCGAUCUCUUGAAAGAAUCAAAAGGCAAUGGUGUUAAAGAAUCAAUUGAGGUGGACAUUGAAGAAUUUAAAUCUGCUCUGUCCCAAGUGGAUACUGAUAUGAAGAAUCUUCCAGCAACAGCUCAGGUUGCAUCUCAGCAAGGUGUCUACUUAGCUAAAUGCUUUAAUCGUAUGGAGGAAUGUGAAAAAAAUCCGGAAGGUCCUCUUCGGUUUAGAGGAGAAGGCCGCCAUCGCUUUCACCCAUUCAGGUACCGACAUUUGGGACAGUUUGCACCUUUGGGAGGAGAGCAAACAGCAGCACAACUUCCAGGAGAUUGGGUUUCAAUUGGUCAUAGCAGUCAGUGGCUCUGGUAUUCUGUGUAUGCUAGCAAACAAGUCAGUUGGCGUACAAGGGCAUUGGUUGUCUCUGACUGGGUAAGACGGUUCAUAUUUGGAAGAGACUCAAGCCAGAUUUAA